CCCUGAAUCAUACGUGGCCCAACAAGCUGAGACCGCCUGUUGUUUUUACAACUAGUCGUCUCGGUUCUUCAAAAGGGCUUUGGUUCCAUCCUCCUUUGAUCUUCUGCUUCUGGUCGAUGAAAUUAAUUAGUUGAAAUAAUUUCUUCCUGGGUUGCUUCCUGUCACAAAAAAUGGGGUUCUGGACAUUGGUAGAAGGAUUGCUGCUAUUUGCCAAUGCAUUAGCAAUACUGAAUGAAGAUAGAUUCCUUGGUCCAAGAAGAUGGACUUUAGCAGAAUUUCAAGGAGGAGGAAGAAACACUCUCAAGGGGCAGAUAGUUGGGCUCAUACAUGCAUGUCAAUUCCUCAGACUACCACUUAUCCUUUUCAAUAUCAUCACUAUUGUAGUAAAGUUAGUCUCUGGUUGAGAUCAACAUGAAGAAUAAAUUCAUGGCUUGUGACAUGAAUGAAUUAAUCCAUACAUACUCUGAUGAUAUGUUAAUAAGCUGUUUUUGCCCAGCUGUGUGUGUACGAUACUCGAAAUGACAGAAUAAGAGAAUGGCUCAUAUGCUGGUAAGACCAUUUCUUUUUGUAGCC